GCCAGCGGUGAUUGCGUCAUAAAGGAACGGAAGAUGGCUUCACGAUGCGCUAUAGCGGUGCUUAGAUGCGUCAACGCUCAGCUGUCAGGGCACACGUUUAUAUGAAAAGGAAGGAAGGAAGGAAGGAUAAAGAAAUAUUGGGGAAGAAGACUCGCGAGCCAUCCAGGUUUAUGUCUCCUGACAGUGUGUGUUUGUUGAACAGUCAGGGACAAUGAGUUCGACCACAGAUGAAGAAUUUAAAGAGAAAUUACUAUGGAACGUGAAAAGAGAAGUGAAGCAGAUAAUGGAGGAGGCUGUGACCAAGAAGUUUGUGCACGAGGACAGCAGCCACAUCAUCGCACUUUGCAGUUCCAUUGAGGCUUGCUUAAGCCACCUGCUGAAGCGACGAGCCGCUGGGUUCCUCCGCAGCGAUAAGAUCGCCGCCCUCUUCACCAAGAUCGGCAAGGUGAACGCCACGGCGAGCGAGGUGUGCCGCAAGGUGCAGGAGCAGCUACAGCAGCAGAGCGAAAUCGCCAGGAGAACCCAGAGCACAGGGCAGGAGCCUCUCAGGAGACAGGGUUCCUCUGCAGGCCGGGCUCCUCAGCCUCUCUCUGCCCAGGCCAUCAAACACAUAUGGGUCCGCACAGCGCUCUUUGAGAAGGUCCUGGACAAAAUUGUGCAGUAUAUUGUGGAUAAUGCAAGUAAGUAUUAUGAAAAGGAGGCUCUCAUUCACGAUUCGGUGUUUGGUCCCAUACUGGCUGCACUUCUGGUUGGUCCCUGUGCACUGGAGUACACCAAGCUCAAGACGUCAGAUCAUUUCUGGACGGACCCAUCAGCAAAUGAGCUUGUGCAAAGACACCGCAUCCACGGGGCCCACAGAGGACAAGAGGUCUCACCAGGUCGCAGGCCUGCCCUCGGGAUCCGGAAGCGGCAGUCCAGUGGCAGCAUGUCUGAGGAUAAAUUCGCGGCCUCGGCAAGAGAGUAUGUCGAAUCCCUCCAUCAAAACUCACGUGUUCACUUGCUGUACGGAAAGAACAACGUACUCGUUCAACCGAAAAAGGAUAUGGAGGUCCUGCGUGGUUACCUGUCCCUUCAUCAGGCAGCUGAGACCCUCACGCUGAAGUGGACGCCCAAUCAGCUGAUCAACGGCACACUGGGAGACUGCGACCUGGAGAAGAGUAUUUAUUGGGAUUACGCAUUGACUGUGCCUUUAAAACAGAUCGUCUGCAUUCAUUGUCACCAGCGCCCGGACUGUGGUGGUACUCUGGUGUUAGUAAGUCAGGAUGGGAUCCAGCGGCCUCCUCUGCACUUCCCUCCUGGGGGUCACCUGCUAGCUUUUCUGUCCUGCCUGGAGACAGGUCUGUUGCCCCGGGGUCUGCUGGAGCCCCCUCUCUGGUCACAGAGGGGUAAGGGCAAAGUUUUCCCUAAACUUCGUAAAAGGAACAGCACGGCCCGUUUGGUGGAUCAAGAUGGAGAUGGAGAGGAACAGAUUGCUGCAGACUAUGUGUUUCGUAUCGUUUAUCCGGGAUACCUUCACGACUCAACAGUCACUAUAAACUACCACCACACCACGGGCAGCCGUGCGCCCUCUCUGGACGAUGACGAGGAGGAGGAAGAUAGACUUCAUGCAAUGAUCUCAAUGAUCUGCUCACGGAACCUCACAGACCCUAAUGUCAUGAAAGACCACGGGGAUAUGGUGGAGAUGCAGGGCUUUGGCGGCAGUCCGUUGUCAUGGCAGCAGGGCGAGUGCACCAGUCGUAUGUCAUCGUGUUUGUCCUGCUCCACCGGAGGCAGCAACGCCUCCGUCGAGCUUCCCGCAAGCUGCACGUGCAUGCACGACCGCAUUCCUCUGAAGAUGCUGUGCCAAAAUAUGAAGAGACAGAUUGUGUCUCGAGCGUUUUAUGGCUGGCUGGCGUACUGUCGACAUCUGUCAACCGUGAGGACUCACCUCUCAGAGCUGGUCAACCAUAAUAUCGUCCCUCUGGACAAACAGUGUGAAGCUUCCGGGGGGCUUAGUAAAGACGUGUGGAGUAAAUAUCAGAAGGACUGUAAGAAUUAUAAAGAGCUGGAGCUGCUGCGAUUGGUUUAUUACGGAGGGGUGGAGCAUGAGAUCAGAAAAGAGGUGUGGCCGUUUUUGUUAGGUCACUAUAAAUUUGGAAUGGACAAGAAAAACAUGGCACAGAUUGAUGAGAAGAUCACAGCGAGGUAUCAGCAGGUGAUGCGCGAGUGGAAGGCGUGUGAGGUCAUUGUGAAACAGCGGGAGAAGGAGAUGCAGUCGGCCAUCUUUGCCAAGCUGUCGUCAGGCAGCAGUAUAGACAGUCACGUCCUCAGACUCAUCCACAGAGACUCUACCAUCAGCAAUGAGGUAUUCAUGUCAGUGGAUGAACCUGAUGCCGGUGGUCAUGGCACAUCAUGCGAGGGAGAAAGUACACCCACCUUAACCACUAUGGUGACCCCGGCUAUGUUAGCCCCAGAUGAGAGACCUCUGGUGGAGUUUGACUCUCCAGAUUCAGGUCUGCCCUCCUCCAGACACUACUCGGUGACAUCUGGACAUUCCCAAAUCAUGUCUAGCAUCGAUGACGGACAGAGCAUGGAGGAGGACACCACGCCCACCGGGACUAUAGAGGAGCAGGGCGGACAGGACUCUUUGAGUGAAGAUAAACUCUGCAGUCAGCUGGAAAGACUCACAACCACCAAUGAGGGCACUGCACCUUCCUUUUCCUCUUAUACGAUUGAGUUGUUGGACACGGUGGCGCUGAAUCUGCACAGAAUUGAUAAAGACGUCCAGCGCUGUGACCGUAACUACUAUUACUUCACUACCAGCAAUCUGGAGAAACUACGCAACAUCAUGUGCAGUUACGUGUGGGAACAUCUGGAGAUUGGCUAUGUGCAAGGCAUGUGUGACCUUCUAGCCCCUCUGAUGGUCAUUCUGGAUGAUGAGUGCUUGGCCUACAGCUGUUUCACUCAGCUCAUGAAAAGAAUGAGUCAGAAUUUCCCUACCGGAGGAGCUAUGGACACUCAUUUCGCCAACAUGAGGUCACUCAUACAGAUCCUGGACUCGGAGUUGUUUGAGCUCAUGCAUCAGAAUGGAGAUUACACCCAUUUCUACUUCUGUUAUCGCUGGUUCCUUUUAGACUUCAAAAGAGAGCUUCUCUAUGAGGAUGUGUUUGCAGUAUGGGAGGUCAUCUGGGUGGCCCCCCGCAUCUCUUCCAAGCACUUCGUCCUCUUCAUUGCACUGGCCUUGGUGGAGGUGUACAGGGACAUCAUCCUGGACAACAACAUGGACUUCACAGACAUCAUCAAAUUCUUCAACGAGAUGGCAGAGCGCCACGACGUGCAGCACAUUCUCCGAAUAGCGCGGGAGUUGGUACACAAGGUCCAGACCCUCAUUGAGAACAAGUGAGGAUGGAGAGAACGGAAGACUAACGCCCGCCAAGCCUUGCCUUGCCGUUUCUAAUCUUCUUCUCGCUCUCAGCACGAGGCUUUGGACCACCACCGGUCUCGUGGGCCUCAACUUCUGACUCUGAAUAUCGUUUGCCUGCCACAGAAUGCCGUUGUGUCAGACUCUGACGUUGUCUGCAUGCUCGUGGUGUUUUAAGCACACUGUGACUGAGGUUUUUUCAUUUUUUGCCGUACACGCCUCCAGCACAUACUGUAUACACUGCAAAAAAUGACUUUCUUACCAAGUAUUUUUUUCUUAUUUUUCCAGUAAAAAUGUCUAAACAUUCUUGAAUCAAGAAG